AUGAACAAGAGCAUUCCGCAUAUCCUCCGCCAAUAUCCCGCGUUUAAUUGCAUCACGAAGCCGACAAAACUCCAUAACCUACAGGAAGAACAAUUUAAAAAGCCAAGAAUGCGGUUAAAACGCGGACUAGAGCGCGAAUCGUGCGAUUUCUGUCACAGACGAAAAAUCAAGUGUAACCGAGCUGCUCGAGUUUCUCAAGGCGAAACGACCUGCUCUCAGUGCGAUUUGCGACAGAUUCCGUGCAAUAUCGACGAUUCUAAUGACAUUCGUAUUCAAAGGAGAAAACAAACUGAGAGAACUGAUCUUGAUACCUCGAACACAAGAAGCUCCCAAGAACCCGGUGUUGCCGCUUUCAAAGACGUUCCGCCAACAUCAGCUCUAGAUGCAACUGUGACAAGUCUCCCGCCGCACGAUACUUCUUUUGCUGGUACACCAUCUUUCUUGUUAUCAGAUAGCCUGUUCGACUUGAGCGCGGACAGUAUCCUAUUCCUUGAUCAAAUCUUCAUGGGGGAUCUAUCCUCAGAAUGGAACACGCCACUGAGCUUCGCACCAAGCCAUACCCAGACUUCAUCCGAAGCACUCUCCCCAGAUGACCACCUUCACCAAGAACUGUGGAUAAACUGUGGCAUAGAUUCAGAAAUCUUCAAGUCUGCCCUCAAGCUGUACUUUACCCACGCAGCAUUAUGCCUGCCAAUCCUCCUAGAAGACGCCUUCUGGGAAGACUACGAAGCAAACCGAUGCUGCCACGCCCUCAUAUACGCCAUUGCCUGUCGCGGCAUUCCCUUUACCAACAUUCCCAACAAGUGGGAAAUCCAACAGCGCCUGGCAACCAAGUUCAAGGAAUGCUUUUUCGAGCACCAGUCCUCCGGCCGCGGUACCACCCACUUAGACGACAUUGAAGCUCUUGCUCUCAUGGCAAACUUCAAAUACGAAAACACAUCAUCCCCCAUACCAACACACAUGGAAGCUCUAUUCCUUUCACACGACUCCCUCGUAAUGAUGACGCUGCAGUACCGUCUCGAGGGUGAGACUUCCUCAGAAAUGCCAUCUCGAGCCGCUGACCGUCGAAUACUCUUAUUCUGGCACGUCUACGGCCUAGAUGCCUUCAACAACCUUGACUACAAAAGACCCUCGCGAAUCCCCGAAACAGACAUCGAAGCAACGCCUAAGAUUUUACUACCCAAAAUGGAAACGCACGGCUACUUAGAUGCCAUUCUGUCCCUGGCCAUUAUUGCUCGAAACAUGCUACAGAGACUAUGUAACACCGCGACGAGAAGACAUGGCGUCAAACCAGCAGAUAUAGAGGCUCUCUAUGGGCAGAUUGAAAACUGGAAAACCAGUUUUCCGAGCUACUUGCAACACGACUUCAAAGAUGAAAUUUCCCCGGCACCAAAGGCAGACUACUACAUACAACUGCAGCGGUGCGUGCUGUAUCUCCUACAAGUAAAUUGCUACCUGCAAAUCGAAGGCUUCGUCGACGCAUUCGGAAUCUGUAAAGAGUCCAAGAUGGACGCAGAAAUGACCCAUUUCAAAGUCGAAUACGAGAGCCUACGCACUGUCAGGGCUGCUAUCGACGUGUGUAAGUGGAUGGAACGCUAUGACGAGAGGAGUGAUGCAACAUACGCGCUAGUUGAUUUGGCGCCCAACAUUCUGCGGGAUAUUUGUGCUGGUUUAGGCGUGUGGAUGAGCAUACGGGGGAAGAGGCUGGUCGAGGAUUGUAGUGUCUCCCGGUUUGUUGUGAAGUUGAAGGGAUUGAGUGCGGAGGAUGCGAAGAGGCAGACGCUAGAGGAGUAUGUUGCUAUGGGUGAGGUGUUUCGGGACUCUGUCAAGAGAGCUGUAUCGCAUGCAGAUACGGGGAUGACGUUGGAGCGAAUUGAUAUGUUUUGGGGGCCGUUUCGAGAUAGUAUGGACGAGUUGACCGGUAUUGAGAAAGUUCUUGUUCAUGAGCGAAGGAUUGCAAUGGCGUGA